CUGCUAUUUUAUUAUUAAUACUACUACUAAUAAUAAUAAUAAGAAGAAGAAUGUGUUCUGUGUUGUGUAAUGUGUUCUGUUUAUUGCUAGUUAUAUUAACAGUGCCUCAAUUUUAAGAAUAGACUAAUCUACAACUGAUUUAACAUAAACGAUGUUUACAGCUUAGUGCUCACAAUAUACAACAUUAAGAGCUAAAUAUUUGUCGUCUUCGUAUUGACAAUAAGGUAAUCUUUGUUGUAUAACAUACAUUUAAAAAUCUAUGUGUGUGUCAGAAUUACAUUUUUUGUAGCCAUUUUUGUAUGCCUUUUAUUUGUUUAAUAUGCUUGCCAUCAACAGUGCAUGUCACUGUGUGUUCAUUUAUGUUUCCAUUCAAAGCAAUGGCUUUGGUAUUCUGUUAAAUAACCUUUUAGUCAAACAACCGCAUCUUUCUAGAGAUUUGAUGAAUAAUGUGUUGUGGGCUGUUGAAAACAGCUGAUGUGCAAAAGCUCACAAUGGAUGAGUGGGACUGAACAGACUGGACGCUUCAUGAAUUUGGUUGGGGUGAAAGGGAGCAGAUUGGUUUGUUUCAGUCUCGGUUAGUCAGUUGUGUGAGCCACUUUGAUUGGGGCAGAUGGUUAUGAAUUUCCAAACAUUCACAUAAAAAAAACCUGAGCAUUAUGCAGGAAUCAGAGGAAUCCAGAGAUAUGGUACAUCUAAAAACUUAAAUUCUUUCUUUUUUAUUAUUACUUUUUAUUCAUUUAUUUUUUUCUGACAAAUGGCUAAAUGCAAUUUGUACAGUUGAUUUAUUAUUUUUUGAAUAUUGUCAUUUGGAUGAAUUUGGUACUCUGAUUGGUACUAUGAUUUUGUGUUAUUGUAUUGUGAGUUAUAUUAUAUCUGAAAGUCAUCAAUUUCAUCUUCUACAGGAAAAAAUUCCAGACCAGAUGGAUGGAGGAAAUAUGAGUGCAGGAAAGAAGAGGGCGGAUUCCAGAGAAAAGCAUCUUUCCUCCUCUGACUGGGACAGAAAAGGGACGUCUGUACCCUUAGUGCCAUCAAACGUACCAAUUCCAGGCCCCACAAACGACCCCAUCAUUAUUUCCAUCGGCCCUCCACAUCGUUGUCCCUCUGUUUCCAGUGAGUCCCAGUACCAGGGUCUCUCGAGAGAAGAUGACUAUGCCAACAGGCAUGGAUGGAGAAAGGAGAACCUACAAUAUCACACGUCAACUGGUGAGGGUGGUGUCCCCAAACAAACUUUGGACGAACUGAAAAGCGUGUUGCGUGAGAGCUCCCUACUCAGUGCAAAAGGGCAAGAUGGAGGAAGGAGCUACCCUCCGGGUCAAAGAGUGGACUGUAAGCCAGACCAGAUGCCAUCUAAGAGUUUCAGCACCUUCAAGCCCCUUUCAGAAGCCAGGAGAGCAUCCAGAGUCAGAGAAGGAAGUUCUAGAUGGGAUUCUGGAGGCUCUUCGAUGACCGAUGGACCUCCAGGCAGGUCUUCCGGUAUGAGUUCACCCACUGCUGAGACGUCCCACUGGGAAGAAGCUGGAACAUCACACUCAGACAACGAGAGGUCACAAGCACUCUCUUUUGCAUCUCAAAGCUUCAUUUCUGAUGUUGAGCACAUAAAACAGCUAAUUGCCCGGGAAAACAUAAGCUUUGUUCGCUUUGAGGCCACUGAUCUUCAUGGCGUGUCCCGAUCCAAGACAGUUCCAGCUCGAUUCUUUCACGAAAAAGCAGUAUAUGGCAUCCCCAUGCCGAGAAGCUACCUGGAGUUAACCCUAAGCCCCAAAGUCAACGAAGUUGAUCAUGCAAGCGCAGCCAACUUCAGCAGUGAUGUCCUCCUGGUCGCAGAUCUCUCCACGUUCCAAAUCCUUCCCUGGGCGGACCAGACUGCUCGUCUUAUCUGUGACCCCUGCACGAUCACCGGUGUGCCACUGCGAACAUCACCCCGCCUCAUAGCCAAGCAGAUGCUCGGCCAACUCCAGAGCAUGGGAUUCUCUAUCCACUCGUCCUUCACGUAUGAAUGCUGCAUCUUCGGGAUCCCUGAACGAGUAGGACCUAAAGCUGUGUUCUUCCCUGCCACCACACUGUUGAGCAACUACGACCUACCCUUCCUGCAGCAGCUAGUCAGAGGGAUGUACUACAUGGGAGUUGACGUCGAGAGCUUCUCAUCUGCAAACGGACCAGGACAGAUGGAGAUUUGCUUCAAACCGAGGUUUGGAAUUGACGCCGCCGAUGGCGCCUUCACCUUCCGCACAGGAAUCAAAGAGAUGGCCAGGAAGUUCGACUACAUCGCCACGUUUUUCACAGACGACAACAUCCACAAUUCCGGCUUACUCUCCCACAGCCUUUGGGAUGCCAGCGGCAGAAGAAGCCUUUUCCACUCAGGCAACGGGGAACUUUCGGAGAUCGGCAAAAAGUGGCUCUCAGGUCUUCUCCAGCAUUCAGCCGCUCUGAGCUGCCUCUUGGCUCCAGGGAUCAGCUGUCGAAACCAGCUUUCCAAAGGCAAGAAAAAUUCCAAGAACCUUCUUUACGCCACAUGCGGCUGCAACGACAACAGCUGCACCUUCAACGUGAAAAUACACGGUGGACGCGAGACUCACAUCGAUAACAAGCUGGGGUCAGCGAUGGCCAAUCCUUACAUUGUGUUGGCGGCCACGAUAGCAGCAGGACUGGACGGUAUUAGACGUAAUCUGAAUGCCGAACAGCUUCUAAGCAAAGCUCCAGGUCAGCAGAAACAGUUCCCAGUCCCUGUUAAAUUGGACGAUGCUUUAGUGGCUCUGGCAGAGGACAGCGUGAUUCGUAGUGCGCUGGGAGAACCCUUUGUGCAGUAUUUUAUUGCCAUGAAGUAUGUAGAGAUUGAGACGCAAGAGCAGGAUGCCGACAAGAACAAGGGACUUGAGUAUUUUAUUUAACUUCUGAACAUGCUGAAUGAUUUUUGUGUAUUUGAAUCCAAGGAAAUACAUUUCAUGUCCCUUUGAUUUGGUAUUAAACAAAAUAAAACCACACAACUGACUGAUAUCAGCUGCAGACUGUCUGACUGAUUUCAUUUACAGCAUUAAUGGGCCUAAAUAGUUUAAACUUUAAACUUCAGAAGUAAUGCUGGAAACAAUUAC